CGUCUCGCGACCGCGGGUUACGAUUUGAUUACUAAAUCUAGCAUUGAAACAUCUCGGAUAACUGCGCGCCCCCGCUCCUCCACGAAAGGAAGAUCAGUCGCACGCAGAAACCCGGAUCGAAAUCCAUGAACGCAGACGGAGAUUUUCAGAUAAUGAGGAAACAGGAGAGGGCGCAUUUCUUCAGCUCUAAAGAGCAGGAGCUCAUCCUGAAGUUGUAUGAAGAGGAGAGAGAGAUACUGACAGCUAAAUCCAACACCACCAGUGCCUCUAAACUCAGAGAGGAAGCCUGGCAGAGAAUUGCUGAUAAAAUAAACGCGGUCUCGGACAGUGGCUACAAAAGGACAUGGCAGCAAGUGAAAGUCAAACACAAGAACAUUGUGCAAACAGCAAAAAGGAAAAGGGUUGCAAUGAUGAGAAACGAGGGCGGCUCGGCGACCCCGUCUCUGAACUCUGGUGAGGACGACGUGCUGCAUCACAAAGACAACGGGCUGAGGGUGGAGGUUCUCCCCGGAGGCGCCUGUAUUGACCCGGCAGCUGUGUCUGACAGCUCUUUCAUGAGCGUGUCGGGCCACCCUGUCCUCCUGCUGCCCGUAACAAAGACUGAACCAGAGAGCCUCAGCAGCGACGAGACGGACGUUAGUGACACUCAGUUUGAGGGGGACGUUCAUGGAAGCAGCUUGCAGGAGGGCGCCAACGCAGCUGCCGCUACAGUUAGUGGCAGAAGCAGAGAGAAGCAGACAGAAGACCUCAGGUCUCUCUACUGCUCCUACCUCAAGAAGGAGAUUGAGAACCGGGACCAAGAGAUGGCUUACAGAGCACUUAAAAUGAGGAAGCUGGAGAAAGAAAUCUUAUUACUUGACAAGCAGCUGAUGUGAUUGCAAGGAAAAAACAAAAGUACUUUUAUGCUUUUAUGUGGAAAAACAAGAAUUUGUUGAAAUGACAUGUUGCCUUUUACCCCGACACACUCACAGAGGUGUGUUUAGGUUGUAGUUGGCUGCAGCUGUAGGCAGCAUGAUCUCUUACAUCCUGGUCAAGGUUGUAAUGAUACGUGUCAGUACCCUUUUUUUUGCAAUAUUGCAUCACACAACUUAUGCAACGGUGCUGAUGCUGCCGUACACCGAUUCUCAGACCACGAGAGUGUUUAAAGUGCACUGAUGGAAGGCAGCAUGGCUGCUUGAGGGUUCACAGUAGCAUGUAAGUGGAGCCUGUGAGAGCACCAUGUUCACUGUACUCUACCACAGCAGGUUCAAAUGAACGAAUGCAACAACAGAUGGCUUUAAUGUCAGAAGAGAUUUUCAGGACCUUUUAUAUGUAUUUGUGACAACUGGUCCAAAUCUUAUGCUUAAAAUUUUAAAUUGAAAUUCUCAAGCUCCUUGGAAAACGUCCUGAGGUCCAGGAAAGAUGUGACAGAGAGUUCUUGCUGAUCCACUUUUAUUAACCUUUCUCUGAAGUCACAUUAAUGGAUGCCGUUGCUAAGCAGAUGCAGCUAACGCAGUCGGUGUUCCACCAGAACCCUCGCUCUGUUUUGAUGAUUUUAUUCCGGCCAAUCGUGGUUAUUUAUAGAGCCGCUUCAUUAAACCACAAAGUGUCUAACACAAGGAGACAUCUUCAUGACAUGACAGAUUUGUAACAGCUCAUCAUUUUCUUGUGGUUGCCUAAACGAAGCUCACAGCGCGGGAGAUUAUGUGAUGAUGUCAUUUCUCAGUCAUGUUGGUUUUUUAAUACAGGAUGCUCCAGCCUAUCCUCUGCUAAAGGAUAGGAAGCAUCUGAGCAUCUUUAGUGUCCAAGGAAUUUCACCAGCUCUUAUUAUGGCUGCCAUGCAGAUACAGCUGAGUCACUUUGCUCAGUUGGAAACCUUCUAAAGCAAAGCUGACUCUUUGUUUUCAACCACCAGCACGCAGAAAAUUGGUGCUAACUGUUCUGUCACUGCUGGAGGCCUCCUAAUAAACAGGCCGCUGGGUCACGUGAUUUUCAAACGCAUAAACUUUGCAGUUUAUAAGAAUCGUUGUCUGCUCUCUCUAUGAACAGCUCUAACUCUCUGACAUUUAUCUCCAAAGAGUGAUGUAAAAAUCAUGAGGUUAAGAGUAGAAAAAACUGAACUGUUAAUCAUUAUGUUGAUUAAAUAUGAAUUUUGGUAAAAGUAUGACUGCUUAGUGUAACUAUUACUACUUCAUAUCAUCGCUGUUGAGUCCGGUGUGCCGGAGAAUGGGUUGUGAAGACUUUUCUACAGAGACAGGUGUGUCCUUGGACUCCCACAGUGCACUGCGCGAUUGUUUGUGGGUCCAGAGUUCGCCGUUAGGCGUGGACAUUGUCCAGCAGCUGCACGUCCUCAGGAGGCUUGGACACUAAAUCGAAAUGUCUGGGCUGGACUGAGAGUGAAAACAGCGCUUCCUGGCCAAAAAUAUUAAACUCGAGUCCAUCCUUGUGAACAGCUGCAUGCUUGAACGUCUCCCUCUCUCACCUGAUAAGCAGCUCAGUCCAGUUGCAUCGCGCUUUCCCGCAGUCAUGGGCUGGCGAGCGGUGCGCGUUCACGGCCCACGAAUUGAAGCCAUCCUUAAUUGAGAGCAGAGAAAUGGAUGUGCGAUGGUUAUGCGGAGGAAAAUGUGAAGUCAAAUCGGCAGGAAGGUGUAGAGCGUUUCAAAAAUUUCCCGAUCCAGUCCCAGUGGAAGCACGUGUGAUGCUGGGAGGGGCUCGUUACAAAUGCGUUGUUAUUGCGCAGUUUUUAAAUCCACGCUCGACCUUUAACACCGUGCGUGAGAGUGGAGCUGCUGGAGGUCACCGUUCCUGCCAAAAGCCUCUGGCACUCCCUUUCCCAGGAUGAAGAGCACGCGGGCAUUUCACGUUUCCAGGCUUAUGAUCGGUUGUUGUCGAAGUCUUAUGGAGCAAUACACAGAAACGGUCCAUGUAAUGUGCCACCGGUUUGAUUAAAAAAUAAAAUACAAUAAAAACAAAACAAAACAUUA